AUGGCCGCGACAACUGUUCAGAAGAAAUUGCCCAAGGACUUCAUUUGGGGCUUUGCGACUGCGAGCUUUCAGAUCGAAGGAUCUACCGACGUUGACGGCCGUGGCAAGUCCAUCUGGGAUGAUUAUUCCCGUACGCCUGGAAAGACGCUAGACGGACGCAACGGCGACGUCGCCACCGACUCAUACAAGCGAUGGAAGGAGGACCUUGACCUCCUUGCCUCAUACCAUGUCAAAUCCUACCGCUUCAGCAUCGCCUGGUCGCGCAUCAUCCCCCUCGGCGGCCGUGACGACCCCAUAAACCCCGCCGGAAUCAAGUUCUACUCCGAUCUCAUAGACGGCCUCCUCGAGCGAGGCAUCAUUCCGUUCGUGACCCUAUACCACUGGGACCUCCCCCAAGGCCUGCACGACCGCUACGGGGGCUGGCUCAACAAGGAUGAGAUCGUCAAGGACUACACGAACUACGCCCGUGUAUGUUUUGAGAACUUCGGUGACCGCGUCAAGUACUGGCUCACCAUGAAUGAGCCAUGGUGCAUUUCCAUCCUUGGUUAUGGUCGUGGCGUCUUCGCGCCUGGACGUUCGAGCGAUCGCUUCCGGUCCGCAGAGGGCGACUCCUCUACCGAGCCUUGGAUUGUCGGCCACAACGUUAUCCUCUCGCACGCCAACGCCGUCAAGCUAUACCGGGACGAGUUCAAGUCGCGGCAAGGCGGCCAAAUCGGCGUCACUCUCAACGGCGACAUGGAGCUGCCCUGGGAUGACAGCCCAGAGAACAUCGCAGCCGCCCAGCACGCGCUCGACUUUGCCAUCGGCUGGUUUGCGGACCCCAUCUACCUCGGCCACUACCCCGAAUACAUGCGUGGAGUGCUCGGCGACCGUCUGCCCACUUUUACGCCAGAAGAGUGGGAGGUCGUCAAGGGCUCGUCGGACUUCUACGGCAUGAACACGUAUACGACCAACCUUGCGCGCGCCGGUGGAGAUGACGAGUUCCAGGGCCUGGUGGACUACACGUUCACGAGACCCGACGGCACUCAAUUGGGCACGCAAGCACACUGCGCGUGGCUGCAGGAUUACCCUGAGGGCUUCCGCCAGCUUCUCAACUACUUGUACAAGCGGUACAAGUUGCCGAUAUACGUCACCGAGAACGGCUUCGCCGUCAAGGACGAGGACAGCAUGCCGAAGGAGCAGGCCAUCAAGGACACCGACCGCGUGAACUACUUCCGCGGCAACACGAAAGCCAUUCUUGACGCUGUGAACGAGGACGGUGUCGACGUCCGCGCCUACUUCCCAUGGAGUCUGCUCGACAACUUCGAGUGGGCCGACGGCUACGUGACGCGCUUUGGCUGCACCUACGUCGACUACGAGACGCAGGAGCGUACGCCGAAGGACUCGGCGAAGUUCUUGGUGCAGGUGCGAUCAUAA